CUUUUAACUAAUGGAUCCAGCUGAAAAGAGAAUGAAAGAUAUCAAAGAAGCCUUUGAUUAAUUUGAUACAGAUAAUAAGGGAACCAUCUCGACCAAAGAAUUAGGUACUAUUUAUUAUAAGUUACCUUUUUUAGCUAACAUUCUCAAAUAUUUAGGAUAGGACCCAACUGAUGAAGAAUUAGACAACUACAUGAAAGAAUUAGAUCCUGAAUCUGCAGGAACAAUAGAUUUCAUGUCCAUGAUGAAAGUAUUAACAAAAGCAGUCAAAGAUGAUGAUACAAUUGAUGAAUUAAUGGCAGUAUAUACUUUAAAUUAAAUGAACUUUAUUAGUCAUUUCGCGUUUUCGAUGUAGAUAACACAGGAACAAUUCCAACUGCUGAGAUGAGAUAUAUUUUAAUGGAAAUGGGAGAAAAGAUGACUGCUUAGGAUGUUAAGGAUAUUUUAAAGGAAAUGGAUCCAGAUGAUAAUGGUAUGUGUAAAUAUGUGGAUUAUGUAAAAAAAAAGUAUGAAGAUCUACAAGUAGCCAAAGCUAAAGCUGCAAAAUUGAAAGCUAAGAAAAAGAAGAAAUGA